AUGAAUAUCUUGCUCUUCUUUAUCCUCACGUUCUUUUGGUCCUCUGCAGAAUGCAGCCAACCUCACCCACUUGACCCUCUAACCCCUAAUGAGCUCAUCCUUGUCCGAACCAUAGUCCAAAAAUCGUACCCAGUCUCAACCAACGGCCCCAGCCUCACUUUUCAAUACGUAGGCUUGGACGAACCUAACAAGCCUCUCAUCCUAUCAUGGAUAUCCUCAAACACAAACACAAACACAAACGACAAAACCAAAUCCCUACCACCUCGUCGAGCCUUCGUCAUAGCUCGGUUUCAAAAACAGUCUCUGGAGAUCACAGUGGAUUUGUCAACUCAUUCCAUCAUCUCAACUAAAGUCUACGAAGGGCAUGGCUACCCUAUGUUUACCUUUGGCGAACGAAGCCGUGCGAAACAGCUACCAUUCAGCUAUGAACCAUUUAAGGAAUCGUUGAGGAAGAGGGAUCUGAACAUAUCUCAAGUUCUGUGCGUUACCUUAGCGAUUGGUUGGUUUGGAGAAGCCAAGACCAAAAGGACUGCGAAGAUAACGUGCUUUUACACAAAUGGGAGUGUUAAUUUGUAUGUGAGGCCAUUGGAGGGUGUGGCAGCAUUGGUUGACGUGGACGAUAUGAAAAUUGUUAGUUACUCUGAUAGAUAUGUGGUUCCAGUGCCUAAAGCAGAGGGUACUGAGUACAGAGCUUCAAAAUUGAAUCCACCCUUCGGUCCAAAGCUGAAGGGUGUUGCUGUCACGCAACAUGGUGGACCUGGAUUCACGAUCGACGGUCAUUCUAUAAGUUGGGCCAAUUGGGUUUUCCAUUUGGGAUUCGACGUGAGGGCUGGCGCAGUAAUUUCAUUAGCAUCAAUUUAUGAUCUUGAAAAGAAGAAAUAUCGUCAAGUACUAUACAGAGGAUUUCUAUCAGAAGAGUUUACGCCAUAUCAAGACCCAACUGAGGAAUGGUAUUACAGAACCUUAUUUGACUCUGGAGAAUUUGGCUUUGGACAGUAUAUGUCUUCACUGCAGCCCUUCACUGAUUGCCCUGCCAAUGCUGCAUUCCUAGAUGCAUACUAUGCUGGUUCAGAUGGUACACCUGUAAAAAUAACCAAUGCCUUCUGCAUAUUUGAAAAAUAUGCUGGUGAUAUCAUGUGGCGUCAUACAGAAACUGCAAUCCCAGAUGAAGUGAUAACUGAGGUCAGGCCAGAUGCAAGCCUAAUGGUGAGAAUGGUUUCGACUGUGGGAAACUACGACUAUGUCAUAGAUUGGGAGUUUAAGCCAAGUGGUAGCAUCAAACUUGGGGUUGGGCUGACUGGGACAUUAUUGGUUAAGGCAGGGGAAUACACCAAUACUGAUCAAAUCAAAGAGGACAUCUACGGCACAUUGCUAGCAGACAAUACCAUUGGUGUCUACCAUGACCACUUCUUGACCUAUUAUCUUGACCUUGACAUUGAUGGUGUAGCCAACUCCUUUGUCAAGUCCAAUUUGGAGACUGUAAGAGUGAAAGGUCACACCUCACCCAGAAAAAGUUAUUGGACAGUUGUAAGUGAAACAGCUAAAACAGAAGCUGAUGCCAGAAUUAACUUGGGGUUCAAGCCUUCUGAGCUAGUAGUGGUAAAUCCUAACAAAAAGACAAAACCAGGAAAUAAAAUUGGAUACCGUCUCGUUCCAGGCUCAGUGGUGCACCCACUUUUGGUAACUGAUGAUUAUCCACAAAUCAGAGCUGCCUUCACUAAUUAUAAUGUGUGGGUCACACCAUACAACAAAUCUGAAAAAUGGGCUUCAGGAUUAUUUGUUGAUCGCAACAGAGGGGAUGAUACUUUAGCUGUUUGGAGUCUCAGGGAUAGGGAGAUUGAGAAUAAGGACAUAGUAUUGUGGUACACCAUGGGAGUUCAUCAUGUUCCUUCUCAGGAAGAUUUUCCAGUAAUGCCAACAUUGAGUGGUGGAUUUGAGCUGAGACCGACCAAUUUCUUUGAGAGUAAUCCGGUCCUUAAAAUAAAAUCACCAAAAGCUGCGCACUGGCCUAACUGCACCUCUCAACAUUAG